CAACCUAAGCCAGCGUGUUUUCGCCAAAAUGAAAUUAUCAGUGUAUAAUAUUGGUAAUGACGCAUUCUUCUGACUAAGUAAUUUUGUAAAUGGACGUUUGUAGUACCAUAUCUUAUACAUCCAACAAAUAGGUCAAUGAUUAUUCGGUGGUAAAUGAAAUCGUUUUAUUAUCAUAAUUUAUAAGGAAGUGGGAUGGACAGGUAUUGAAGGUAUUUUAUUAUUGGGCAUUCUGUGAACUGUAUGUAUAGCAAGACCUAUAGUAUAUGGUAGCCCAAAAAGCCACUGAGUGACAAACGAAGUUCUGUUAAAACAGAAAGAUUCCUUGUUAUCUAAAGCAACGUCGAGAUGGAUUAGGCUACAGUCAUCAAGUUCCCAUUGUCUCUGCCACAGCCAGUCCCACACUAGGGUUAACAGCUGGUAUCUUUGCUAUGGGAACUCAAACCAAUAUUGCCGAACAGUUAUUGGUUGCUGUCCAGAAUAUGAAGGGCGCUACUUCUUCCGACUCUAAUGAAAUACCCAAGGGAGAGAGGAGUUCAGCUAGUGCUUUACUUGGUGCUAAACUCAGUGGUAGUGGUAUAGGAACACCUGGAUCUACUGGAACAUUAAACCCUACUUUUGGUAAUCUACCCCUUGCUGGAGUUGUGGGUCUGGCAGGUCUUCCACAGAUGUCUCCAUUUGAUGGUAUUUCUGGACUUGCGGGUUUAAACAUAGUUAAUCAGCUAGCAUCAGCGGCACAAGGUAUACAAGCUACAGUGUCAGCAAGCACAAAUACAACCCUAGCUAAUAACGGAGCAAGCACUGUCUUGACCAAUGCCACCCCUGCGAAUGUCAGUGUUGCUACCAAUGGUCAGCAUAAUGUUCAACAGGUAGCACAUCAGGGAGCAGCACAGCAAGUUGCCAUGACACCCCAGUUCAUCUUGGCAGCAGGCCAGCCAAUACAAGGUGUUCAAGGUGCUCAGUUGCUCAUUCCUACAUCCUCAGGUGUUGCUAUUCAGCAAUUGAUAACUUUUCCAGUGUCUCAAUUUGCUGGAAACCAGCUGGUCCAGAUGGUAGCCUCCAAUGGGCAAAUUUUUACAACAACACUAGCAAAUCUUCAGUCUUUGUCCCAGCCAUUCCAGAUCCCAGGCAUAUCCCCUGCAAGUGCUGCAGGAGCUUCAAGUGUUCAACCACAGCCAGUGAUUGCCGCAGGAAAUCUAACAAAUAUGGCAACUCCUGUAUCUGCAGUACCUCAACUACUGACUAAUGCAUCUGGUCAGGUAGUAGCCAUUGGACCACAGCUUUUAACUCAGCCUGUUGUUUCACCAAACCAGUCUACAGCUAAUCUCAUUCAAAUGGCACCACAAUUGGCAGCACAAUUGCAGCAACAGCAGCUUUUUCAGCAACAACAACAACACCACCACCUCACAGCUCAACAGGAAGAGAAACAAAUCUCACCACUAAACAAUCAGCCAAUUGCACUGGUAUCGAAAUCACAGCCUUGUGCAAGUACUGUAACAACCAGUACACAAGCUAUAGGUGGCCACCUACCAACAUCUCAACUUUCACUAAAUCAAGUUGCAAUGGUGACAGCUCAGUUAGCUUCUCAAGCAAAACACAGUUCUGUACAGACUGUGACUCAACAUUUGCCGCCAACACAAGAAACUUCUCUUACUCACACAUUACAAGAAACUGUUAGAGGGGGAAUAACUUCACCAGUAGAUAGUACUCCAACUAUUUCCACCCUUCAAGCUACAAGUAUGUUUGAUCACAAUACAGACACAAUCAAUAACCAAACAUCAAACAUUGUCGAUGGAAUCAAUCUAGAAGAAAUUAGAGAAUUUGCCAAAGCCUUCAAAAUCAGACGUUUAUCCCUUGGAUUAACACAAACUCAAGUUGGGCUAGCCCUAAGUGCAACUGAGGGGCCUUCCUACAGCCAAAGUGCCAUCUGUAGGUUCGAAAAACUAGAUAUAACCCCAAAGAGUGCUCAGAAAAUCAAACCUGUUCUGGAAAGAUGGAUGAAAGAAGCAGAAGAGAGAUAUAAAAAUGGUGAUCAUAAUUUAACUGAAUUCAUUGGGAAUGAACCAAGUAAGAGGAGGAAGAGAAGAACGUCAUUUACGCCUGCUGCACUUCAAAUACUUAACCAGUUCUUUGAAAAAAAUACUCAUCCUUCAGGAGCCGAGAUGACAGAAUUAGCUGAACAGUUGAACUAUGAAAGGGAAGUAGUGCGAGUCUGGUUCUGUAACAAACGGCAGGCACUCAAGAACACAAUCAAGAAACUGAAAGGAGGGAUCUAAUUUUCCUCUUGUAACUUUUUUCAAAAUGUCUUAUAUGUUGUAAAUUUUGGGACAUUCCUAAGAAUUGUGUGUAAUGAUUCAAUAUCAGAUAUUCAUUUGAGGGAUAAAUAUUUAGUUAUCAUCAGUAGAGUAUUGCCAAGUUUUACAUCUAAGUAAUUAGUUUUUUUCCCUCUCAAUCACAGGUUUUAGCUGUGUUGAGGAUCAGCUCAAUUUUAUACUUAAGAUAAUGGUAUUUAAAAACUUGUGUAAAUAGUAAAUUGAUGAUUAUUUAUGACUUAAAUAUACAUCGAAAACUUACAUCAAGUCAACAUAGAAACACAGGUCUUUUUUUUUUGACAGUUGUGUGUUUAAGAUUCCUAAGGUUACUUCUACUGAAUUUUUCUUAGUAAUUAAGCUUUGUAUGCCCAUCAGCUUUACUUAAUUCCCUAAGUAAUUCUAUCUAUUAAAGAAAAUGUGAUUAUUCAGGGUGAUACAUUCAGGAUCUAAUAUGUUUAAGAAAGGGAUUUGAGUCAUUU